AUGCUUGUGUAUGAGCCUUCUCGACGGAUCACAGCCAGGGACGCCAUGCUUCAUCCAUAUUUCUCCGAUUUGGACAAGACCUCCGUCCCUGCCACUGGCGAAGAGUAUGUCGCCAACGCUGGAGGCGUAUAUCAAAAUAUGUCUGAUACGGAGAAUAUAGAACGAGUAUACCAGGUCCAUCCGAAGACCGUGGAACUCGGCAGCGAUUCACUUCCAACCGCAAAGUUUCUUUCGGGUGCCGCGAAAGACGACGUAGCCCCCAUGGAUGUCAGUACGCAUCCUGCGGCACCGCUCGCCGAUAAUCAGGAAGUGAACAUGUCGAUUACUUAG